AUGAAUGAUAGAAAAACACUUCUUGAUUUGAAAGCAGUUGGAAGCGAUUCAAAAGUGGAAACAAUUCCAAAAAACCAUCGCGAUAGUUCUGAUCGUAUCGACAUUACAGCCGAUUAUGUGGUGACUUUGGAUCACGAUCUUCAUGAGUCCGAAAAGUGCACUAAUCUUCAAGAAACUCUCAGACUCGUUGUGCUAAAGUUGAAAGAAAACAAUUGGGAAACUAGUGUUUCUGCUCUUCUCAAUGUCGUUCACAUGUCGCGUAUUCAACCAGAAAUGAUUGACUCGAGUAUGCCUUUGAUUACCAGAAGCCUACACAGUUUAAUGAGGAACGUGCGACCACAAGUGGUCAGAACAGCGUGCCAAAUUGCUGAAGAAUUAUUCAAAACAAUGCAAUGUACCCAAAAACCAGAAUUCGAUCAACUCGUUGGCACUCUACUCCAAAAAACAUCACACAUGAACAAAGCUGUGAGACAAGACGCUAGCCGGGCUUUGGACGCUAUGGUCGUUUAUAUACCGGCGACUCAUUGUAUCUCUGUCAUGUUCAGCUGUGGGGCAUGUCACAAGAAUCCAAUUGUUCGGUCAACAGUAAGCAGGCUGUUGUACGAUGUUGUACGUGGGGUAGGAGUUGAAUCAUUUUUAACCAUGUCAAAUCUGAGGGAUUCACGAAAAAAAACUUUCUCUAUGUGUCUAGAGUUUUUGAACGACGCAAGCACAGAAACCAGAUGCAACGCUCGAAGAUUGUUGCAAUUAUUGAUGCGCCACAGUGCCUUUGAUGUCAUUUUCAAUCAGGACAUAGAUAGGUCGUUAAUAAAGAAAAAUGAGAAAAAGCUCGUGUCGUUGAAAUACGAUCAGAGUGGUGUCAAUUAAUACAUGAAUAACCUAUAAAACGUAUAUUAUUCUGGAAAUUCUUAGAAAAGGGGAUGAGAUGGUUGACAACGCGAUAAAAAAACGUCAAUUUUUAACUUUUUUCUACUCUCGCAAGGCCAUGAAGCUAAAUCGGGUUUGAACUUUGAAUGAAAUUCCCGCAUAAAACGGUACUGCCCAGUACG